AUGAUUUCUGCUGAAAUAUCACUCAUAAUCAUUGGUAACUGCUGUUUAGUUGGUCUCCUCUACGCCAUCUACAACGCUAUCGCAGUUGCCUCUAUUAAGGUUGAAAAGAAGUUCACUUCUUCCGACAUUAAUAACCAAUUCGAAGAUAACAUCUAACCCCACAACAUUUACUUAUUGAAGAAGGUUGCCAAGCAUAUUGAAGAUGGUGCUAACACUUUCCUCUUCUAAGAAUACAAGUAUAUCUUCGUUUUCUCAUUCUUGAUGGCUAUCGUUAUUUUCUUGGCCGUUGAAGAAAAGAUUGGAAACUUCUGGACCACUGGUGCCUUCUUGUUGGGUUGUUUCACCUCCAUGUUAGCUGGUUUCAUUGGUAUGAGAGUUGCUGUCUUCUCUAACUACAGAACCGCUUUUGAAGCUGCCAAGCAAAUGUACAAGGGUUUCUCCGUUGCUUACAGAGCUGGUUCAGUUAUGGGUUUCUCCUUGACCUCUUUGGGUUUAUUGACCAUUACCGUCUUAAUCGCUCUCUACACCAACAUGUACGUUGGCAGCGAUUACUCUGACUACACCAAGAUGUAUGAAUGCAUUGCUGGUUAUGGUUUGGGUGGUUCAACUAUCGCUCUCUUCGGUAGAGUCGGUGGUGGUAUUUUCACUAAGGCUGCUGAUGUCGGUGCUGAUUUGGUCGGUAAGGUUGAAAAGAACUUACCUGAAGACUCUCCCAAUAACCCCGCUACUAUUGCUGAUAAUGUCGGUGACAACGUUGGUGAUAUUGCUGGUAUGGGUUCUGACUUGUUCGGUUCUUUCGCUGAAGCUACUUGUGCUGCUUUGGUUGUUGGAUCUAGCUCUCCUACUUUCUACUACCAACCUUAAGCUUUAUACUAUCCCUUGCUCAUCACUGCCUUCGGUAUUAUUGUUUCUAUCAUUACUACCUUAUUCGCUCACCACAAGGGUAACAACGACCUCGCUGCUGUCCAAAAGACUCUUUCCAUCCAAUUACUCGUUUCCACCCUCCUUGCCACUCCUGCUCUCUGGUUCGCUGGUUACAUUUCUCUUCCCGACAGAAUCUACUUCUUCGGUAUUGAAGAAAGAGCUCCCAUCCACGCUUUCUACUGCAGUUUGGCUGGUCUCUGGUCUGGUAUGAUCAUUGGUUACAUCACCGAAUACUACACUUCUUACGAAUACUCCCCUGUUAAGUAAGUUGCUAGAUCUUGCUCUACUGGUGCUGCCACCAAUAUCAUCUAAGGUUUGGCUCUCGGUCACCUCUCUACCAUUAUCCCCAUUAUUUUCCUUGCUAUCACCGCCUUCAUUUGCCACACUCUUCUUGGUAUGUUUGGUAUUGCUCUUGGUGCUCUCGGUAUGCUUUCCACCAUGGCCGUUGGUCUUGCUAUCGAUGCUUACGGUCCUGUUUCCGACAAUGCUGGUGGUAUCGUCGAAAUGUGCGAAAUGGGUCAUGAUAUCAGACAAAGAACUGACUAACUCGAUGCUGCUGGUAACACCACUGCUGCCAUUGGUAAGGGUUUCGCUAUCGGAUCUGCUGCCUUGGUCUCCCUCUCUUUAUAUGGUGCCUUCAUCACUAGAUCUUCUGAUCCUAACAACAAGCACGGUAUUAACCCCGAAACUGGUGUCAAUGUUAACAAUCCCCUCAUUUUCUCUGGUCUCUUGAUUGGUGCUAUGUUACCCUACGCUUUCUCUGCCCUUACUAUGAAGUCUGUCGCUAAGGCUGCCUAAGAAAUGGUCACUGAAGUCAGAAAGUAAAUUAGUGACAAUCCUGGUAUCCUCACUGGUGCUACUCCUCCUAACUAUGAAAACUGUAUCAAGAUUGCUACUGCCUCUUCUAUUUCUGAAAUGUUCCUUCCCGCUACCAUCGUUAUCGGUACUCCCUUCGUUGUUGGUCUCUUCUUCGGUCCUACCGCUGUUGCUGGUGUUUUACCCGGUAUUUUGGUUUCUGGUGUUUCUAUGGCUAUUUCCAGUGCUAAUGCUGGUGGUGCUUGGGAUAAUGCCAAGAAGUUCAUUGAAAGUGGUAAAUACAAAAAUGAAGAUGGUUAAACUGUUGGUAAGGGUUCUGAUGAACACAAGGCUGCCGUUAUUGGUGAUACCGUCGGUGAUCCCCUCAAGGAUACCUCUGGUCCCGCCCUUAACAUUCUUAUCAAGCUUUCUGCCAUUUUCUCUUUGGUUUUCGCUAACUUCUUCGACAGUACUGCUUUAUUAUAAUGCACUUUCUCUCCUAGAUCUACUGGUUGCCAAGCUGCUUGA